CCUUGAGCCAACGCAACGCUUACUUCAUCCCUGCUUCAGUUCAGAACGUAGGAAGUGAAAAAUGGAGAAAAUUGCUGCAGUUUUGUGGUGCGUCGUGGUGGCUGGAAUGUUCCGUAUUGGUACUUCUCAGAUGCUUCUUCCCUCAGCGGAGCGAGAGGUUCUCUCAGGUCUGGGCCAGGCAGUGGCGGCUAUCCUGGAGGGCAUUCCAGAUUCAAAAUGCAUUCCUAUAUUCUUCAUAGAUGGCACUACCUCUCAUGUCACCGUUAUGAAGGAACUAGGUCAGAGUACGCGGAACCCCUGGGGUGUGGGGGUGUUCGAGGUGGCAGUGGACGGCCAGGAUGCUAACGUGACACAGGCGCAGCUCUCCCGGGUGGUCGACGAGGCUCGGCGGCUGCGGCGGCUGUCAUGGUGCGUGAUGGUAGUAGUGGCGAGCAACGACCCAACCUUCCUCACCGCCUACGCUCAGAAGUCCCUUAAGGGUCGCCUCUUAGUUUGGGAGACAAGGCAACUGCUCGUUACCAGCUACACAUCACGAGAGCUAAGAGCUGCGUUGACUUCUCACUGGACCUUUUCCAUGACUAACACGAUGCUGAUGAAUGUCGAAUAUGGGUUCCAUAUGUUAAGGUGUGGGGUGUACGUGUACCUUCCUUACAGCCCAAGAGGAGCCAAGGUGGUGGAGGUAGCAUACUGGACCUUCCCUCAAGGCCUCGUCUAUAUUGCCUCCUUACCACUCUUUCCCGAGAAGUUUUCCAAUUUUUACGGUAGUACGGUGAACGUCACUGCUCUGCCGUACGCUCCUUACUGGAUGACUUCCGGUGAAGGCAACAACACCAAGCACUACGGGAUUGACUACAACCAGAUCACAACUUUAGCACAAGCCCUGAACUUCAAAUUCUUUGUUUUGCCAUCAGCGAACUGGGAUGAGGUAACCGACCAAGUGGAAGCCAGAAAAUCAUUCAUAGCGAGUAUUGUGUACGUUGUGCUUCCUAACCGCUUGGAAAAAUAUGACUUCACUCACACAUUCGAUUACUCACCCUUCUGCUUCGGUAUGGCCAAGCCCACACUGAAGCCUCAGUGGCAGAGUUUGUACUACCCGCUGGCUAACGAGGUGUGGGCCGCUGUCAUUGCCACUGCCGUCGUGGAGUGUGUGGCUCUCCUCAUGAUAAUCCGAGUUGGUCUAGCAUGGAAGAACCGCCAUGGAGGCCUGGAUUUUGGGGCUGUGAUUCAGGAGGUUAUAGGCACCUUGCUUGGCCAAGGUUUCACUGGGAAACUAUCCACAAGUCGCUCCAAUCGCUUACUUGUUGCACUCUGGUUGGUGUUCGCCUUCAUCUUGGGUACAGCUUACCGCGGCAACCUCACUGCCUCUCUCACACUGCCCAAAUACCCUCCCCGACCUGAAACUGUGGAAGAACUCGUAAAGCAUAUAGACAGGGCAACAAUAGAACCUUAUGGGAUUUCCUACAAGCAAUUCUUCACGAAAUCAGAGUCGAAAGUCUUCAGUGCCUUGGGGAAGCUGAUGGCUGUUGGGGUUAAUAUCAUUGACGGAUACAACGACGCUCUGAAAAUGAAGCGAGUUUCCCAUUUUUUAUUAAAAUAA